AUGCGGAAACGCGAAGAAAUUGCUAAUCGAUGGACGAAGAAGAAAGAAGUGAAAAUAGAUAGAACUUUCCUAAGUUACCUGUGUAAAUGUACGUGUGUGUCUGUGCGCCUGUGUGAGCACUUGGGAAGAGAAGAAGCAGCAAUUCGGAAAAGUCGUGGUAAGCAAACGCUUACCGUAAUCGAUGUCGGUUCUUUGCUGCGUGUACGUUUGGGGCAACAAAGUCAGUCAUGUUUUCAGUGGCUCGAGGCAGCCAGAGCAAACCCUGAAUUUAUUGUUGCUGCUCUUGCUCUUGCUUGUGAUGAUGACGGUACUGAUAUUGAUAAUUAUAUUCAUAUUAUUUGCGGAUUCCUUUUGCUACUUCAUCGUUUAAGCAUCAAACUUUUUUUUUGCUCUGAAGACGUUGCUGCUGCCUCUACUGCUGGAAAACAAGAUGAUGAUGAUGGUGAUGAUGAUGAUGGAGCUGAUUAG